UUUAUCGAUAGGCAAUGUUUUGGUUUUGUUUGUUUUCGGCAAAAGAAUUAUAUUUUCAUGCGGAUUUUACGACAAUUUAAAAGCGUUCUACGUUUGGCAAGUUGUGCAUUUAAUAAGUUAAUAGAUUACUAAGCACGUGCUAUCGAAAUAAUAAUUCAUAAAAGAGUGAAUUCGGUUUUGGUGCUAUAGUGGGUGCACGUGUUGAUUUACUUGUUGUUGUUACCUUUUUAGCGGUGCGCGGACUUACUUAAACGACAGCCUCGUAAUAACAACAAACAAUUCUCGUGGUUGUCGAAAAUGCAAAGCCCCAAAAGCUUAAGAAAUGUUCAAACUCAGCAUGGAGAUUCCUUUUCGGUGGAUGCUGAGAAUAUAUUUCUGCACCGAUCCAUGUUGUCCACAAGCUCGAUCUUAGGGGUCGAUAUCAAUGGACAAGAUCAGGCUUCCAAAAGUGUUUGGUUUCCAGAUGAUACCACAGAAUUAACUGAAUCAACAGAGAACAUAGAUCCACCGAUUUUAAUAUCAGAAGAAAAACCGGAAGUAGCAAAAUUACCAGAAAAACGAAAGGCAAACUCCUUAGAGGAUGAUCCCAAUGCGAAAAAACCAAAAUUAGAUGCCAAUGGCCAAAAAACCAAGAGGCCCGGUUUUAGUGAUGAAAGAUACGAUGAGACAUCGUAUUACUUUGAAAACGGACUUAGAAAGGUGUAUCCCUACUUUUUUACAUUUACAACAUUUGCCAAAGGACGUUGGGUUGACGAGAAAAUUCUGGAUGUCUUUGUGCGUGAAUUCCGCGCCGCUCCUCCCGAAGUUUACGAACGCAGCCUGGAAGAUGGAAAACUGACUGUUAAUUACGAGAAAGUACCCAAGGACUAUAAAAUUAAGCACAAUGAUCUGCUGGCCAAUGUUGUUCAUAGACACGAAGUCCCUGUUACUUCACAGCCCAUCAAGGUAGUCUACAUGGACAAGGAUAUUGUGGUUGUGAACAAGCCGGCGUCAAUACCAGUUCACCCUUGUGGACGGUAUAGACAUAAUACUGUGGUUUUCAUCCUGGCCAAGGAGCACAAUUUAAAGAAUCUAAGGACCAUACACAGGUUGGAUCGACUGACAUCUGGUCUGCUUUUGUUUGGUCGAACUGCCGAAAGAGCCAGAGAAUUGGAGCUGCAAAUUCGAACUAGACAAGUACAAAAGGAAUAUGUAUGCCGGGUAGAGGGGCGAUUCCCAGAUGGAAUAGUUGAGUGCAAUGAAAAAAUCGACGUUGUCAGCUACAAAAUCGGUGUUUGUAAGGUGUCACCAAAAGGCAAGGACUGCAAAACCACAUUUCAAAGAAUUGGAGAAGUUGAUAAUGACAGCAUUGUUCUAUGCAAACCUCUCACAGGACGAAUGCACCAAAUCAGAGUGCAUUUACAAUUUUUGGGUUAUCCAAUUUCAAACGAUCCCUUGUACAACCACGAAGUCUUUGGUCCUUUGAAAGGCCAAGGAGGAGACAUUGGUGGAAUAAGCGAAGAACAGUUGAUCAAUAACCUCAUUACUAUUCAUAAUGCCGAAAAUUGGUUAGGACUUGAAGGAGAACAGGUGCCGACCACAGAAAUAAAAGAAGCACCUUCAAUUUCUUCAAAAGAUGAAGAACCAAUCGAUAUUAAAGACAAGCCUGUGAUUUCUGCAACAAGAAGUGAAUCUGUUAAUGAAGCCGCAACACAAACUUGUUACGAAGAACCAGACAGGUGUUUUGAUUUGAAAAAGACAACUUCAGAUCCCAAUUGUUCUGAGUGCAAAGUAAACUAUAGAGACCCCGGCACAAAAGAUCUGAUAAUGUACCUACAUGCUUGGAAAUACAAGGGAGUUGGAUGGGAGUACCAAACAGAGCUGCCGGAUUGGGCUUGUACAUCGACUAUUGACUACGACCUUUUGUAAAUCAAUCAAUUUCUUGUUUUAAGGAACUAAGUGUAUAUGUUUCAAUUAAACAUUUCUCAGAAAACA